UGGUCUGCAGAUUUUGUGUGUGUGCCUGUGUGUGUGUGUGGGUGUUUUUUUUGUGCGGACGCCGGCUGGAUAAGUCGAUGGAAUCUGUGGAGGAGAGAAAUGAAUAGCAGCGUCACAGGCUGCAAGCGCAUCCACAGCAUCGAGGUCGAGCAACUACAGGACGCUGCGGAGGUGCAGCACAGUUUUCUGCUGAUAAAGGGUCGGCUGCAGCCCAAGUGUGCCGCGGCCAAGCAACUGAAAGCGACCCUCGAGCUGCGCGACGAGUCGCUUGAACAGCUGACUCAGUUAUCCAGCGCUGGUGAGUUCAAGCUUCUCUUCGACCUGCACCGCAAAGAAGAGGAGGAGGAGGAGGAGGAGGAGCCUGCAGCGACCCCUAGAGCCUGUCUCCUGCAGCUGCGCUCUUGCAGCGGCUCAAGGCUGAUUCGAUUCACCUACAAGCCCCGCAGCAGCCCCUUUCGCGUGCAGCCCCUCUACAUAGUGGGCCAGGACGAAAAGGAGGAGCAGGAGCAGCAGCAGCAGCAGCAGAAAAAGGAAAUUUCACAACACGCAUCCCGCUGCUCGCUCAUCGAUCUCAAUCUGCGACUGGUGCAGUGCAUUUACGCGCACAAGUUGCACGCGGCGGGCUUUGCCAAUCGCACCUUCACCCUCAACGGACCCUGCCGCCUCUUCCGCAGCCAGUUGACCACCGCAGAGACCCUCGCCAAGAGCGAGGACGAGCUGUGGCAGCACUUUGCCGGCGAGAUCCUCGCCUGUGAGCAGUGGGGCCAGCAGCUGCACCUCAAGUUCGUCGCGUUCGUGGCCUGCACACGGUACGACGGCGCCGCUGUAGCGGCCAGCGGGGACCUCUCCUACGCCAACAUCCGACGUCACCUGCGCGGUCACGCCGCAUUGGGUGGCGGUGGAUUGGCCCUGUUCGGGAGCGCCCACUUCUAUUCGUGGCCGCGAACAUUCGCGGAGAUCGGCGACUGUGUGCGCAGUGCGGAGCGGGUGGACGUCGCGCGACUGCCGGACGAAAGCAACUACCGACGCACCUACGGUGGCGUCUACGCCAGCACCCUGGGCGCCGUCUGCCACGAGCUGGGCCACUGCUUUGAUCUGGGCCACACUCUGGACGGUGUGAUGGGCCAGGGCUUCGACUACCUCAACCGCGUACUCACCGUUGACCAGGCCACCGAGCAUCUGCCGCAGCGAAUAGUCGACCAGUCGUCCUCAGCAGCAGCAGCAGCAGCAGCAGGGACUCACACCCACACCCACACCCACACUCACACCCGCAGCCGCAUCACCCAGCUCAAGCUAAGGCAGCCGAGCAGCCAGUUGCUGGACAAUUACCACGGCCAGCGGCGCAACGAUAGCUUCUACUUUGCCCGCAACUGUGCCGUGAUCCUGGCCCACCACCGCUGGCUGAGACCGAACCCUACCGAACCCCCUACCACUGAGGCGGCGGCGGCGGCCAUCCACCUGUCCAGGGCCAGCCGCGAAAUCGUAUCCGCCACGCCGCUGCGGCUCGUCGAGCUGCGCUGCAACCUCAACAGCCUGGUGGCCCAUUACGAGGAGUUGAGCGCCGCCGACCAGCAGCGGCAGGAGCACCGCUUCCAGCUACCCGCCGCCCUGUGGCACCUCCUGGCCGAGCAGCAGACGCACUACGUCUUCGUGCUGACCACGUCCGGAGACACCAAGAGAUUGGCCUGCGACAACGCCGACGCCCACUAGAAUGUCUGAGUCGCAGCGCAAAGUACGCCGCGCCGAGGAGGCCCAGGAGGCACAGGCCAUCGACGCCGGAGACGAGGACGUCCGC